CACUGCUGGGCUUUUCGUAGGGCUGUGCACCGCGAGAUGUGGUCAUGGCGGGUUCAGAACGAGGUUGUCCUGAACUUCAGGGCUCUCAGCUUCUGUGGACACAUGAGGCGUGCUCCUGGACUGCGAAGUCGGCUGAUUAUCGGGCACUGCAGGAACUGGCCUAUGUGAAUCAUGCAGGAGUUCCUGUUGAGUCCAUCUAUGUCCUGAUGACGGCCUUUCCGUUGGUUCUCAUGGCGCACCAGUCCUGCGGCCCACUUGGUACGCCGGCUCCACCUUUGGCCAAAGCGCUUUGGGAUACCGUGGUAGUGGUGCUGCCAUUGACCUUUCAUUUCUCGGCGCAUUUGGAGCAGCCUUUGUUGCUUUUGCUUCUAGCGACAUCCAUCCUGGAGUUGAGGAGGUGCUCCAAAGGAGGACUUUCUUGGCAGGCAACGUUUAGUUUGGACAACGAUCGCUUGCGCUUUGUGUCUGAGUACCGGGCUUUGGUCAUGAUGUCCACCUGCGUUGCCAUCUUGGCCGUGGACUUCUCUUCAGUUUUCUCACGAGCGCAAGCGAAGACGGAAGAGUUCGGCUACUCACUGAUGGACGUGGGCACUGGCAGCAUCAUCUUCUCCAGUGGAGUCUGCACGAUGCCAAAGCGAGGAGGUGCCUCACGUCUCUACAAGAUCAUGAAGCUUUGGCCAGUGCUUCUGAUUGGCUUCGUGCGCGCAGCCCUGAUGUGGGGCAUUGAUUACCAUGUACCACCUGGCGAAUAUGGCAUUCAUUGGAACUUUUUCUUCACCAUUGCCGUGAUCAGUUUGGUCUCCACUGCGACGGAUCUGUCUGCAUUGGCUUCUGCGACCGCUGCUUCUCUGGCGCUUGGAGCGUACCAGUUCUAUCUCAGUUGGCUUGGAGGAGCCAAUUUCGUGCUUCAUGCGGAGCGCCUUGGGCUUUUCACGGCCAAUCGGGAAGGCAUUUUGAGUUCCGCAGGAUAUUUGAGUCUUCAUUGGUUCGGCGUUGCAGUGGGUUCCACCUUGAGGAACUCUGGGGCUCUUCGUUGCGUGCUGCAGCUUUUCUUGCUGGCUGCAGCAGGGUACUUCGUGAACCUGACGCUUUCGUUCGCUGGACUGGAAGCGUCCAGAAGAAUGUGCAACUUGCCCUACGUUCUGUUCACCGUGUCGCUGAACGCCUGGGUGCUGGCGCUCCUGGGCUCCGUGGACCUUUUGGCUGGUCGCCCGAGGACAGCCAUGUCCCUCAGCGUUGCUGGAGUGCAAGACUCCAUGCUGCCGGUCUUCCUCUUUGCGAACCUCCUCACAGGUGCGGUGAAUCUGCUUCUGCAGCCCUUGAUGGUGCCUUUCUGGCCAGCGAUGGCAGUGAUGUUUGGCUACUGCUUGCUUUGGUCGGUUCCUGCAGCCAUGCUUCGCAUGAAGAAGAAGAAACUGAAGUUCUGGUGAAGUUCUGGUGAUUCGGAACCUUCGGACUUUCUUCGGACUUUCUUCGGACUUUCUUCGAACGCUUCGUGUGAUCCUUCGUGUGGUACGCCCUUGACAAGCUAUGCCGAAGUGCGGCAAACAACUGGGGGGAAGAGCCGUGGAGGUGUUCCAGUUCCACAAGUUCGGGCUUCAACUGGAAAGAUUGGAAAGUCCCCUGCAACAUGAUUCCCGUUCUAAGGGGAUGGAGACGAAGGAAAAGUCGACCGCGACUGCGAUGCGCUACGAUUUAGCAUGUUUAGCAUGAUCUCUGAUUGGCGGACAAUCCGAUGCCAUAGCCACAUUAAGCCCAAGGAAUCUCCACUCAUUUUGAUCGAAAUGAGAAACAAUUUGUUAAACAAUUUGUUAAACAAUAUCUUGCGUUGCCUGGCUCCCUGUAGCUGCUGACGCCAGCGCCAGCGCCAGCUGAGAAAACUGAGAAAA